UUUUUUGUUACCAAAAGCACCAAAUUUGUAUACUUAUUUAAGAGAGCAGUUGUCUCUUUAGUUUCCGUCAGGAAAUUUUGAACUUGCUAAUUUGCUGUGCAAGUCUCUCUGUUUUACACAAUGUACAAUCUCAGACGGAGAACUCCACUUCUGCUCGCUCUCUUCGCUUUCUCAGCCAUUGUAUCUCUCACAUUCUUCACUCUCUCAAACAACCAAAAAUCUUCCUCAAAAACAGUACAAACAACCCAACAUAUUCACGUUCACAAGAACAUUCAAAUAGCCAAUUCCCAUUGUGAAGACACACGUUACCCAAAACUCUGCGUCUCUACUCUUUCCGUAAUCCCAGAUCUUGCCCAAAAAUCCAUUUCCCAAAUCAUCUCUUCGACUAUAAAUGUCACAGUCGCGGAGGUAAAAGCCUCUGCUAAAAACUGUACUGAAAUUCGUGAGGAUCUCCCCCGACUUGAACCUUACGAAAAACGAGCUCUAGAAGAUUGUGUUCAGCUCUUAGAUAACACUAUCAUUGAGCUCAAAACAACUCUCUCUGAUCUCCACCCAAAAAAAUCUCUUUCACAAAAUUACAAUGACUUACAAACUCUUCUUAGUGCUGCAAUGACAAAUCAGGCCACUUGCCUUGACGGCCUUGCGCGUAGUAAAAAGAACUUAAGACGUUACGUUCAGCAUAACCUGCAUACAAUUGCUCACCAUGUUAGUAAUUGUCUAGCAAUGCUCAAGAAAAUGAAGAAAUCAUCCUCAUUUCCUUCAAAUUCUCGACAAGUUUACCCUGAGUACGGUGCUGUAAAAAAUGGGUUCCCGAAAUGGCUUAAGAAGAGAGACAGAGCACUUUUGCAAGCUCCAAUUAAUGAGACCAAGAUUGAUUUAGUGGUGGCUAAAGAUGGUAGUGGUAAUUUUAGUACAAUUAACGAGGCGUUAAGUGCAGCUCCUAAUGCGAGUAGGACAAGAUUUGUUAUUUACAUUAAGGCGGGAGCGUAUUAUGAAUAUAUUGAAGUAGUGAGGAAGAAGCCUAUGAUAAUGUUCCUCGGAGAUGGGAUCGGAAAGACGUUGAUAAAGGGUAAUCGGAGUGUCGUCGAUGGAUGGACUACUUUCCGAUCUGCUACCGUCGCUGUGGUGGGAAAUGGAUUUUUAGCAAAGGGCAUCACAUUUGAAAACUAUGCUGGACCAAGCAAGCACCAAGCUGUGGCAGUUAGAAGUGGCUCAGAUCUCUCAGCCUUCUACCAAUGCAGCUUUGUUGCAUACCAAGACACUCUCUACGUCCAUUCCCUUCGACAAUUUUAUCGCGAUUGUGACGUUUAUGGGACAGUCGACUUCAUUUUUGGUAACGCAGCAGUUGUGUUCCAGAACUGCAGCUUAUAUGCUCGUAAACCAAACGAGAACCAAAAAAACAUAUUCACAGCUCAAGGAAGAGAAGAUCCAAAUCAGAACACUGGAAUUUCAAUCUUGAACAGUAAAAUCGCAGCAGCUGCAGAUUUAAUUCCAGUACAAUCAUCGUUCAAAAACUACAUUGGUCGACCCUGGAAAGAAUAUUCAAGGACAGUUAUUAUGCUAACACAUAUUGGUACUUUAAUUGAACCUGCUGGAUAUUUAGAAUGGAAUGGUACCUUUGCAUUGGAUACACUUUACUAUGGAGAGUACAUGAACAGAGGACCAGGUUCUAAUACAAGUGCUAGAGUGAAUUGGGCUGGUUACAGGGUUAUCAAUAAUUCUGUUGAGGCCACUCAAUUUACUGUUGGGAAUUUUAUUGAAGGAAAAGAAUGGCUACCAGAUACAGGAUUUCCAUUUUAUCUGAAUUUAACUGCAUCUUAAUUGUUUUAAUUAGCAAUUCAAUUACUAGUUAUUUGUCUCAAGUCUUGAAGGGUUUUCGUUCCUCUGUUUGAGGAUGUUGAAAUCAAGAUUGUAGCUUCUACUUCUUGAGGAAGUUAUUGGUGUUAUUUGUAUUACAGUACUUAUUAUUUUUGAAAAAUUUGAGUUGAAAUUCAACA